AGGGUCAAAUCAGGGUAACUCGAUAUAAAGACAAUCAUUAAUUUUAGUAUGAAACUCAAUAUCGGGCUGCUGACUGUUUAGUGACAAUUUCUAUCGUUAUAGUACUUUUUUGGUCGCUUCUGCAAAGUCUUUCAAGCUUGAACUUCUCAAUUUGUUUGCAAGUUUGUAAUGAUUCGGGGCAGGUUUGUGCUGCUUAGCUUGAUAGUGGUUUGUAUUGCUGAAUGUACCAGCGUUGGGGCGGGAAAAGAACACGAGGAGGAAGGAUCCUCUACCACAAAGGUAUCCAAAGACAACACCGAGGAACCGAUCAAGGAAGAGUGCCGAGAUAGAGCAAAGUGGUGUCCGUGUAUGGUGGAAGAUUGUCACAAGCGAAAAGUUGCCAAAAAGUGCCCUAAAACAUGCAGAUCUUGCAUUAAUGAUGAAGAUAAAGAGAAACGACCUGGGUUCUCAAGCUGGGGCGAAGAAGGAGAUAAAGAAGAAGAGGAAGGAGAUGAGGAAUGGGGAGAGAUAGAAGAUUCAGAGACAGAAGAAUGGGACAAAAUAGAGGAGGAUGCCGAUAGGCCGGAUGUAUACUUAUACGACUGCAGGAACCCAAUAAACAUGCUGGAUUGUAGGUGUCUGGAAACUAUCCUGCAUAAGAAGUUCCUCUGUUACCACCAGGGGACACCACCUUAUGGCAAAUAUGACUCCUCGAAAGCCGCCCAGUAUCACCACUACUGUUACUUGCUGGGUCACGAGAAAGAAAGGGGAAGAAAGCAAUGCUGUAGAGCAGCUCAAUCCUUUAAAGAAAUCAGAGGAUGUUGAUUUUCGCUAAAUAUGAUAAUAUUCUAAUGUAUACGAUAUGAUAAUUUUCGAUAAGUUAUAAGAUUUUCGACUUACUUUUUUAUGCCAUUUAGUCGUUGAAUUAAGGCUUACGUGUGAUGUAUGGAAUAUGUUAUUGUACCUUCUUACCGAAAUUUUACACUUUUACAGGGUUUACAGUGAAAUUGUAUGUAUUAACCUCUCAUAAAAACGUGCACA